GUGGCCCAGCACGCAGGUAGUUUACUGCUUGUUCCUACUUGAACGUGUCAAAUGGAGCUGGUGGAAGAGCUCAAUGCGACAUUCUCUGCUAUACAAGUUACAAAAAGAUGAAAUGGGUAACCUAGCAGUGUUUUGCAUCUUCUGGGCGGCUUUCACAGGUUUGACCGCAGGAUCCGGCGUGUUGCCCGACGGGCCUCUGACCGCAGCCGUGGGAGGCUCUGUGACGUUUAACACCACAGUGGCGGCCACGCCGAUGCCGUUCCCGACGGUGAUCUGGACGUUUAUCGAGGGCAGCAAUGAAAUACCCGUGAUAACGGCCACGUCUCAAAACAAAACUGGCCCCGGGUACCAAGGCAGGAUCACUCUCUUCAAACGGACUGGGUCCCUGGAGCUCAGCAAGCUGGCUCUCAGUGACAGCGGAAAAUACAGUCUUGUCAUAUUAACAGAGAGCGGCGACCAAAUCACGGGAUCCACCACACUGCAGACGCUUGAGCCAGUGUCCAAUGUCAUGUUGACGGUCAACAGCACAGACUUGCUGGAGUUCAACAGCACUCUUCGUCUGUCCUGCUCUUCGUUGGGAUCGUCCGUCUCCUUUCAUUGGCUGAACGACAGCGCCGAGAUCUCGGCCGACGACAGAGUUCAGUUUACCGACGAAGGCGCCGCACUCACCAUCGCUCCCGUGACCCGCUACGACCAGAGGUCGUUCCGAUGUCGCGUGUCCAACGCCGUCAGUGAAGAUGACAGCCAUUCGGUGCAUCUUUCCGUCAGCUACGGCCCGGAUGAUACACAUCUCGUUAUGUCGCCACGGAAAGAAUACGUCGCAGAAGGGUCGAAUGUCAAUCUUUCCUGCUCGGCCAACUCCAGGCCAGUCGCCACCUUUACCUGGUUUGUGAACGGAAAGCUGUUGGUCCGGGGAUCAAAUUUCUCGCUGGUGAACGUCCAGCAGCAUCACAGUGGAAAUUACAGCUGCCAGUCCUUUAACACCAAGACUCUGAGAUACAAAGAAUCUCAGAAAUGGCCGAUUCAUGUGCUAAAGAAAAUUUCCGGUGCCUCUGUCACACUGUCAACGAGUCGCCCAGUUGAGGGAACGGAGCUGAAUAUGACCUGCGACGCCGCUGGGUCGGUCUUCUUCAGAGAGUGGACCAAGGGUGGCUCGGCGCUGAUCCCAGAUGAGCGUGUGACGCUCCACGACAAGAACAGGACAGUGUCCUUCCGCACCGCCGUCAGAUCGGAUAGCGCUUCAUAUUCCUGUCGGAUUAUAAACCCCAUCGACGAGGAGGAAGUGACGUUGGGCGUGCUUGUGAACUAUGGGCCUGACCCUGUCCAAAUCACGGGACCGAGCCAAAUCAUCGUGAAAGAGACUUUAACCUUAAGCUGCUCCGCGGUGUCCGUCCCAGCCGCAACCUACAUGUGGACAGCACUGAACAGCACAGCAGUGCUACAUAAUUCUUCAACCUUUGUCAAAUACAACGUCAACUUUUCCGACAGUGGAAGCUACGUUUGUAGCGCCACCAACGGUAUUACUGGCAAAAGCAUGUCGGCUAGCCACAGGUUGGAUGUGACAGAUGGAACAGAUACGGCGUGUUCGGCUGGUUGCAUCGCCGGCAUUGUGCUGGCGUGUUUAGUCAUCUGCGCAGCAGUCGCUGGGGGCGCCUAUGCCUUCUACAUUCAACGGAACAAGACAAAGAAUCGCCCCGACAGAGACAUCUCGAACAGGACAGGAGGAAUAGGCCAAGACAACACAGAAGAACCCCGAAAUCAGGAGUUAAACUAUGCCGACGUGACUAUUCUGCACGCAAAGGGCGGCGGCAAAGGUCAGUUGGAGCUCCAGGCCAGCCAGACCGAAUACGCUGAGGUCCGAGUGAACAACGCGCCUCCUUCCUACGACGCCUACGUACGGCGGAUGAAGAGGCGAGCCCCUCAGCCACUAGAAGCCCGCCCUCAGGUUCACAGCAAUGAGUCGUGUCAUGAAAGUGGGGAGCACUCAACAGUGUGACGUAUGCUCACACUUCCUUCAUGGCACCCUAAUAAUGCCGAGUGUUUGCGUAGUCAUUGUGUGUGUGUGUGUGUGUGUGUGUGUGUGUGUGUGUGUGUGUGUGUGUGUGUGUGUGUGUGUGUGUGUGUGUGCGUGCGUGUGUGUGUGUGUGCGUGUGUGCGUCCGUGUGUGUUAAUCAUUGAUCAGUUGACUGAGAGUCACAAAAACACAACGAUGCCUGAUUAGAUGUAUCGACUUGAUUAGAUUUGUCUACACAAGCGCGAAUUGGCCAACUAUGGCACACGGGCAAUCUUGGCAUUUCUGUAAUGUAUAUGCCCCCCCUCCCCAAGUUUAUGAAUGUAUUCAUGUGACCAAAGUGAAUGUUUAAAUAUUGUUUGAAAGACUUCAAAAGUGUAACGUGGACUAAGAGCGUCACGUGAACGUCUCUCAAAGGGGCAAAUAAAUAGUUCUUCUUGUGGGUUGCUUCCAUAAACAUAUUUCUUUUUUAUAAUCUUCACAUUGUUUAAAAGUCGGAAAUGUUAUCUACUGAGGAACCUAUAUAUGUCCUUCAAAUACUGUAGGUGCAACACAAGACGAGCAGAAACUUGUUAAUAUCAUCCUAUAAGGAGCUGACCUUUAGAAAUUGUUUGAACUGCAAUGUCAGUGGAUGUUUGAUAAGAAAGUCGUCUGACCUCUUAUUGUGGC